CUUCUGCGAAGUUCACGGCCAAGAAUUUCACAUGCAGAUGAUGUAGCUUACAACAAGGGGGGGAAAUGGAGAGAGCACUUCUAGGUGUCUCCUGAAUUUGGUCGAUUUUGCAAACUCAUCGCCACACUCACAACAUAACAUGUCAAGCCUUCAGAGGUUUGGUGGCUGCCCUCUCUCCUGCGUCAACCCCGGGGAGAGCAAUACUGAACCCAGCGUGGUGCUGCCACCUUUGGCAGGGGAGCGCAUGGGACACCCCACUGGCAGUUCCUUAAAACUCUGCCCCUCGCACAAUUUGCGAGACUACCCCGAGACGAGGUCCAGUGCAUAUGUUGACCAUUCGGUGCCCACUUUUUCAGACUCUGGAUACCCCAGCCACCGGUUAGAGCACAGCCCUCGGGGCAUUCUCAUUGGAGCCAAUUUUUCUGGACCCGGCAUGCCACCCGUCACUGAUCAACUGGCAUCAAGAUCUAACCAACAUGGCGGGAUUGGAAGGUAUCGCGACUUCCAUGGCUGCAGAGACAACAGGAGCCAUGCUUUUUUUUACCAGGAGCAGGCCCACGCCUCCACGGACGCGUCUCGAGACCUCGGCAGCCAGAUGAUGCUGGGUCUACCUGGCGACCUCCUCACCCGGACUCAUCCCUAUGGGCAAGGCAUCAGCCCCAAGGGAAGCAGCCAGCAGCAGCAGCUCGUCAGCCAGUUCCUGGGUCUGUACAAGCCCCUGAACAUGGCGAUCCAGCAUGGAGGAGGCGACGCGUUCCUCAGGUGCUCCAAGCAAACAGUGAAGCACGAGCUGGUGUGCAAGUGGAGUGACGGCCAUGAGGGGGCCGGGAAGCUGCCUUGCUCCAGAGCCUACGGGACCAUGUAUGAACUUGUCACCCAUGUGACAGUGGAGCACGUCGGAGGACCCGAGCACGCCGAGUACGUGUGUCAGUGGGAGAACUGUGCGCGGGACAGGAAGCCUUUCAAAGCCAAAUACAAGCUGGUGAACCACGUCAGAGUGCACACAGGGGAAAAGCCCUUCCCGUGCCCCUUUCACGGCUGCGAGAAAGUGUUUGCAAGAUCAGAGAAUUUAAAGAUCCACAAGAGGACCCACACAGGUGAAAAACCUUUUAAAUGUGAGUUCGAGGGCUGCAGCCGGAGGUUUGCGAACAGCAGCGACCGAAAGAAGCACUCUCACGUGCACUCCAGCGACAAGCCCUACAUUUGCAAGGUCACGGGCUGCGACAAGUGCUACACCCACCCGAGCUCCCUGCGCAAGCACAUGAAGCUCCACUCCAUCAAGGCCAAAGGCGAGGACGCGAGUCCCGGUGACGCGGAGGCCGAGUCCACCCGCGUCCAGGACGGAGCGCAGAUCAGCCCCUGUCACCCCCCAUCCUCCACCCAAGACGUCCCCAUGUCCCCGGAGAGUCGAGACCAGUCGACCCCGAGGUCACGUUUCCAUCACACGUUUGACAGCAGUUUUGACUACUCCGCGCACAGGUCACAGCCCCUGCUGGAGCCUCUGCUGCUGCAGAGGGGCGGCUACAGGUCCCAGUCCUCCCAGUACCCCUGCGGACAGACGGCGCACACUUUCGCGCAGAACCCCAGGACUUUCCCCUCCACCUCUCCCUUCCAGAAGAGUAUUGUCAAUGGAUGGUACACAUGUCACAGCGGCGUGGACUCCUUCCCGGCAAAGCAGUGCAACAACAUCCCGUCUCUCUGAGCCCCGGUCGGGACCCAUGCGGACGAACCACACUCUUUCUGAAUCCAUGUUACAACCUGACCGUCCCAGCUGUGUCCCUGUCCCUCUGUACCUGUGUGACCGUUGUAUCAAAUAUCCUGUGACACGUCCUGGGUCAUCAUAUUGAAAUGUGGCGAGCUUUACUUGUUGUCGUGAGGCCUGUCUGGUUGGACUGUGGCUUGCGCCCUAUAGCUUACACCCCCCCCCCCCCAAACAGUGGCUUAUAGGAACUUUUACAACGUGCGUAAUUGUUCGCUGUGUUGCAUUAAGUAUUAAAUCUAUCUUGAAAAAAUGUAUAAACGGUUUAACGGAAAAACCUGCCUGGACUUAUACUGGGAGGUGGAAUGGGAGACGUGUUGCUGAAUGUAACCCUGAGUGUGGGGCUCUCUGUUGAAUGUAAACUAGCUGUACUGUACGUGGGGAAGUAUAGAAACAUUACUCAUGUCUUUAUGUGUGUGGAAAUCUGAAAUAAACACGGGGAAGCUCUUUCCUCUCGUUACACUAAGGAGUCCGGCGUCCUGGGCCUGACGUGUGAUAUUGUCUGUAAUUAAAAAUACUGCGAGGCUCAGUGGGUUUUUUAUUUGAUAUAAAUUCCACUUAAUGCCUCCUUUCAUUAAACAUUCUUGUUGUAUUAUAUGUAUAUUUCCCAAUCCCGUGCAAAGUAAGAGCAUAAACCAGUGUUAAAAUCCAUUCAUUAGCAUACAGUCCAACUGUACAUAAGCCUACUGUAAAAUUAAUUAUGUAUUCUAUAUUUUAUUAAAGUGUCUAUAUUCUCUUUGAUCAAGCCUGUGUGGUUAAAAGCAAUCAAUGCAUUUUAUAGUGAACUUUCAAACCUUUCUCCUUUAUUUAUUUCUUCAAGUUAUAUAAUUCCAGUUGCCAGUAUACGCCAUGUUGGUAGAUUCAUAUUUCUCAAUAUUCGUAAUCUCUUAAAAAUGUGAUGGUGACAACAAAGGUCCUCUCUUGUUUUUGGUUCCUCCCUGCGCCAUAAGCGCGGAGGGUUUUAGUUUUUUUUUGGUGGGGGGGGGGCUGCAGGUGUAACCUAUGUGCCGCAAGAUCACGCGCAAUUACUUCUGCUUUUUAUCAAUAUCCUUGUAGUUAGGAAUUUUUUGCUCCUCCAUUUCCUCUGCAGAUGUUAUCUUAUAAUUUGCUAUGUUUUAUUUAGCACAUUUUCACUUUCCAUCACUUCCUCCAAGUCAGAAAUCUGCAAAGUGUGACCAAAUUAUCCCUCAAAAAUACUGUAUUGUCUAAAUAAUAACUCAACAGUCCGUUAUUAUUCACAUGAUUAUUAAAGUGAUUUCUAUUACAAACUCAUCAUUUUGGAAUUAGCAUGUGAAGUGUUUAAUUUAGCUCCUCACCUUAAGUAAGAAUUAAUAUAAUUGCUUGAUUUCUCCGUUAGAAGCACAACACUUGUCUGAGAUCGAUGCGUAGUUAUAUUUCUUUUGAAAAAAAUUUCAAAAUCAUUUGGAAAAACUUUAAAAACUCCUGUUGGUUUUCUUUAUUUAGAUGCACACAGCGAUAAUACUGAAAUGCUUGCUUCAUUUACCAGAGUCACCUUUUGAUGACAUACUUGCUGAUGUCUCUCUGUUUUUUUUGUAAUUUCUCAUUCUGUAUAUUUCGACAAGUGUCUCAUUAUUGCAGAGAAGUGGACUGAGGACAUUUCUUUGUGAAGCCGGCCUCUUGUCUCGGGCAGAGCUGGAUUUCAGUUCCUCCACUUAGCCUGGUGCAAAGGCUAAACUCAUCUGCAGUGAGUUAUUAUGGUCAUUCUUAGUUUGCAUUGCUUCAAAGGAAACACGGUGACCAGGUUGGAGCGCAGUUAAUGAGGCAUUUAAAAAUAUGUAAACAGCGAAUAUCUGUCCUCAUCCCGCUCAGGGAAGUUCACAGCAGCAGCUUCAUUAUCGUGGAGGUCACAAUUAUGAUGAAUAAGGUAAUGGGGGGGUGGAAAC